GAGGGCUUUAUCAUAUUCAUGAUCAAGAAUUUAUUCAUCGAGAUUUACAUAGUGGAAAUAUACUUUAUAGUAACCCAUAUAGCAAGCAUCUUGUGGUAAUAAGCGAUUUAGGAAUUAGUAAGUCUUCAACUGAAUCAACUGAUAAUGAAAAUAAUUAUGGAAUUAUUCCCUUUAUGGCUCCUGAAAUUUUUCUAGGACAAAUAUAUACUACAAAAACAGAUAUCUAUAGUUUUGGUAUGAUUAUGUGGGAGUUAAUGACAGGAAGAAAGCCAUUUUGGGAUCAAGAUCAAGAUAAUCAUCUUAUCAUUAAAAUAGUUGAUGGUUAUCGCCCUCCCAUUGUUACAAAUGCACCCGAGGGUUUUACCGAGUUAAUGCAGAAGUGUUGGCAUAUUAACCCAAAUGAAAGACCAACAGCUAAUUAUUUGAAAGAAAAAGUUAGCCUUAUGGCGGCCAUUACAUAUCACCAGUCGAUCGACGCAAUUUAUUUUUUAUUCAUUAAACCCAAUUCUGGCGAAGCCAAAUUGUUUAUAGCAAAGUUCCUAAAUAUUGAAGACAAUAUUGAAAAACAAAUUAGUAAAAUAAAAAAGAUUUUGCGUGGAAAAUAUGUAAAUAUGACUUUAAAUCUUCAAAGAAUUUGUCCUAGUUUGUCGCAAGAAUUUUAUUAUUAUGAAAAACCACAAUUAAUCGUAAUUUGA